AUGGGCGAGCCGACCGGACUAGUUGCUUCCUUUCUGGCGGCUAUACAGGCGAGCUUAUCUGUUCUGCUUGUCAUAUUCUACGGCGCUGUUGCGGCUCGAUACAACCUGCUUGACGGCUCUUCAGCGAAAUCUAUAUCCAAAAUAUCCGUCAAAAUAUUCCUUCCAGCUUUGCUUCUCACGAAAAUUGGCUCUGAGUUGCACGUCGAGAAUGCCCACCGAUACUUGAUCAUUUUAGUAUGGGCAUUUCUCUGCCAUGUGCUAUCGUUUCUGAUCGGAGUUGGAGCCCACUUUUUCUUAGGGAUGCCGGAUUGGAUCACAGCGGCCAUCAUGUUCAACAACACAACAUCCUAUCCGCUUCUACUUAUUCAGUCUCUUGAUGAGACUGGUAUCUUGAGUAAUCUUAUCGUUACCGAUGAGACGAGUAGAGAGGCGAUCGAAAGAGCCAAAAGCUAUUUUUUGGUCUUUGCUACGAUUUCAAGCUGUUUGACUUUCGCCGUUGGACCGCGACUGAUUGAUUCGGAGAUGGCUCCGGACAUGCCUGAUGAUAAGGACGAUGACAGCGACGAAGAAGACAAUAAUUCUGCUCUUUGGAAUAGCUCGAGCCGUGAUGAAAGCCACGAUGACCGUCCCAUGUCUCCAACGGACCGAACUCGUCUCCUGAAUCCAGAAAUCGACGGGACAAGAAGAUUAUCCGCUAGAUCUCAGGCAUUCUUCCCAUCUCGGUCUGCUUCCAACCAAAGAGAUUCUGGAUCAGGUGCCCGUAACUCUGUCAAUUACGAUCGAAGGCCGUCUCUGAUACCUAAAAGGAAGUGGCACGAGAUAAGUGACAGAACACGCUGGUGGCUAUUAUUCUUCUACGAUUUUCUGAAUGCACCGUUGCUUGGAGCUAUACUAGGGGCAACAAUUGGCCUAGUCCCAAUCCUGCAUCGAGCCUUCUUCAACCAUUCCGACAAUGGUGGCAUUUUCUCUGCAUGGCUUACGGCGUCACUGAAGAAUGUUGGUGGCCUAUUUGUACCUCUUCCAGUUGUGGUUGCUGGUGUCUCCCUAUACACAGCGAUGAAGCGGAAGACGACCGCCAGCUCUCCCGCAGCUACCCCUUGGCUGAGCACGAUAUUUAUUCUAGUGGUCAGAUUUAUCGUGUGGCCCAUCAUCUCUAUCUCGGUGGUCUAUCUCUUUGCUAAAAAGACGGAUUUGUUGAGCGAUGAUCCGAUGUUAUGGUUUUCCUUAAUGCUUAUGCCGACCGGGGCACCAGCGAUGAAGCUCAUCACUAUGGUCGAGGUCAGUGGUGCGGGUGAAGAAGACGAGCACAAGAUUGCAAAGCUUUUGACCAUUUCAUACAUAAUUUCUCCGAUCCUGGCAUUUACUGUUGUCGGAAGUUUGAAGGCCAGUCAAGCCGCUAUUGCUUGA